AGACAAGCAACAGUGUGACCUCGACCAGCACGGUCAUGAGCAGUUCGGGCACGAGCACGAGCACGCGGACGGCGACGACAGCGAGUCCGACCACUACUAGUGGUACUACCGCGGACUCGAGCACCAUAACAGUGAGCAGUAGCAGUACCAGCGUGGUCGAGACGAGCAGCGCGACUUCCAGCAGUACGGCUUCGAGUGCCACGCAGUCGAGCAGCACCACGCCGGCGAGCAGUACCACGAGCAGCGGCACUUCGCUGACGGGCACGACGGGGUCAGGCAACACUUCGCUGACUGACACAAGCACUUCUACGGCCAGUGCGAGCGAUACCAGCAGCACGACGGCCAGUGUGAGUGACACCAGCAGCACGACGGCAUCGUCGACCAGUGGGACUUCGAGUGCGUCGGUGACUAGCAGUACGUCUCAGACGAGCAGCAGUGUGACCUCGAGCAGCACGGUCAUGAGCAGUUCGGGCACGAGCACGAGCACGAGGACGGCGACGACAGCGAGUCCGACCACUACUAGUGGUACUACCGCGGACUCGAGCACCAUAACAGUGAGCAGUAGCAGUACCAGCGUGGUCGAGACGAGCAGCGCGACUUCCAGCAGUACGGCUUCGAGUGCCACGCAGUCGAGCAGCGCCACGCCGGCGAGCAGUACCACGAGCAGCGGCACUUCGCUGACGGGCACGACGGGGUCAGGCAACACUUCGCUGACUGACACAAGCACUUCUACGGCCAGCGCGAGCGAUACCAGCAGCACGACGGCCAGUGUGAGUGACACCAGCAGCACGACGGCAUCGUCGACCAGUGGGACUUCGAGCGCGUCGGUGACUAGCAGUACGUCUCAGACGAGCAGCAGUGUGACCUCGAGCAGCACGGUCAUGAGCAGUUCGGGCACGAGCACGAGCACGAGGACGGCGACGACAGCGAGUCCGACCACUACUAGUGGUACUACCGCGGACUCGAGCACCAUAACAGUGAGCAGUAGCAGUACCAGCGUGGUCGAGACGAGCAGCGCGACUUCCAGCAGUACGGCUUCGAGUGCCACGCAGUCGAGCAGCACCACGCCGGCGAGCAGUACCACGAGCAGCGGCACUUCGCUGACGGGCACGACGGGGUCAGGCAACACUUCGCUGACCGACACAAGCACUUCUACGGCCAGUGCGAGCGAUACCAGCAGCACGACGGCCAGUGUGAGUGACACCAGCAGCACGACGGCAUCGUCGACCAGUGGGACUUCGAGUGCGUCGGUGACUAGCAGUACGUCUCAGACGAGCAACAGUGUGACCUCGAGCAGCACGGUCAUGAGCAGUUCGGGCACGAGCACGAGCACGAGGACGGCGACGACAGCGAGUCCGACCACUACUAGUGGUACUAUCGCGGACUCGAGCACCAUGACAGUGAGCAGUAGCAGUAUCAGCGUGGUCGAGACGAACAGCGCGACUUCCAGCAGUACGGCUUCGAGUGCCACGCAGUCGAGCAGCACCACGCCGGCGAGCAGUACCACGAGCAGCGGCACUUCGCUGACGGGCACGACGGGGUCAGGCAACACUUCGCUGACUGACACAAGCACUUCUACGGCCAGCGCGAGCGAUACCAGCAGCACGACGGCCAGUGUGAGUGACACCAGCAGCACGACGGCAUCGUCGACCAGUGGGACUUCGAGCGCGUCGGUGACUAGCAGUACGUCUCAGACGAGCAGCAGUGUGACCUCGAGCAGCACGGUCACGACCAGUACGGUUUCGAUACCACGAGCAGCGGCACUUCGCUGACGGGCACGACGGGGUCAGGCAACACUUCGCUGACUGACACAAGCACUUCUACGGCCAGCGCGAGCGAUACCAGCAGCACGACGGCCAGUGUGAGUGACACCAGCAGCACGACGGCAUCGUCGACCAGUCGGACUUCGAGUGCUUCGGUGACUAGCAGUACGUCUCAGACGAGCAGCAGUGUGACCUCGACCAGCACGGUCAUGAGCAGUUCGGGCACGAGCACGAGCACGAGGACGGCGACGACAGCGAGUCCGACCACUACUAGUGGUACUAUCGCGGACUCGAGCACCAUAACAGUGAGCAGUAGCAGUACCAGCGUGGUCGAGACGAGCAGCGCGACUUCCAGCAGUACGGCUUCGAGUGCCACGCAGUCGAGCAGCACCACGCCGGCGAGCAGUACC